GAGAGGGUGUCUUAUAGAGAUAGACAGCGUAUAUUCCGGACUAAUCGGCGUUCUGAGCGUCAUCUGGACAUCUCUACAGAUCGAAUAGCCAGAUCUUCGUGUGCAAAUUCAAGAUGAAAGCCUCGCGGCGAUACGGCUGCCGCUGAUGCUUGGAAAUUGGGCACAUCUGUGCCACCUUCUCGAGCUCGUCGCACCGUCAGUUGCGCGAGACCACCGGGUACUGGGCAGACACCCCAUGCCAGUGGGUGGUACGACAGCUACAACAGUGGUCAAAACACCAGGACCACAGUAUCAGCGGUCAAACUCUACACGGAGAAGGCAGGACGAGCAACAAUCGCAACUCACUGCUCAGCGCUCAGCACGCAGCAUGGACGCUCGUCGAUGUCAGAGUCGCCGCAUGCUGCCAGCUUCGACAGAACGCCCCCACGUCCACAACAGCGACUUGAUGGCGGACCGCGAAUGCAUGGCCCAAGCUGAGGCGCAGAGCCAGGAAGAACGGAUCCAAUCAGCCCAAGCCCCUGAAUGAUUGCAGAGUAAUGGAACCACGGGCGAUCCGUAU